CAACAUACGUCCACAUGAUUACAGCCCACAAAGAAGUUACCAAACCAGGCCCGUAGCUCAUAGGUCUGGCCCGAAACCCCAGUGGGCUAGCUCGCCUGCUAAUCCCUUGAAUCGUUCACGCGCGCUGAGCCGCCGUGCCGCCGCCGCCGCCGCCAGAAUUCGCGAAACCAGCGGCGCAGCCUGAGAGAUGGAGCGCGGCGUGCGGGAGCUGUGGGCGGAGUCGCGCGAGCUGCUGGGCCUCCACUCACCGGACGCCGUGGCGCGCGCCGACCUGCCGCCGACCCCGCUCGCCUUCCUCCGCGACCACGUCUCCCCGGGCCGCCCGCUCCUCGUCUCCGCCGCCGCCACCCGCCACUGGCCCGCCGCCUCGCUCUGGCCCACCGAAUCCUACCUCCCCGACGCGCUCCGCUCCACCGACGUCUCCGUCCACCUCACCCCGGACGGCCGCGCCGACGCCCUCGCCCCGCACCCGCGCCGCCCCGGCGCCAGUUGCUUCGCGUCGGCGCACGUCCGCCGGGUCGGCUUCCCCGCCGCCGUGCGGCUCAUCAGGGGCUCCGACCCGGCCGCCGGCCUGGUGGCGUACGCGCAGCAGCAGGACGACUGCCUGCGCGGGGAGUACGCGGCGGUGGCCCGCGACGUGGACGCGCACGUGCCCUGGGCCAGCGAGGCGCUCGGCUGCCUCCCCGAGGCCGUCAACCUCUGGAUCGGCAACUCCUGCUCCGUCACCUCCUUCCACAAGGACCACUACGACAACAUCUACGCCGUCCUCUCCGGCGAGAAGCAUUUCCUCCUCCUGCCCCCCACCGAGCACCACCGCCUCCACGUCCGCGACUACCCCGCCGCCCGCUACGUGCCGGUGGAGGAAGGGGAGGAGGUGCCGAAGCUUAGGCUGGAGAUGGAAGAGCCCGAGAGGGUCGUGCCCUGGAGCAGCGUGGACCCGUACCCGGCAUCGCCGGAGGAGAUGGCGGCGCAGGUCUCAUCCUGCCCGCUCUACUUCAAGGGGCCCAGGCCGAUUCGCUGCACCGUCCGCGCCGGCGAGAUUCUCUACUUGCCGAGCAUGUGGUUUCACCAUGUCAGCCAGAGCCCCGGGCCUAACGGGCUCACCAUUGCCGUCAAUUACUGGUAUGACAUGCAGUUUGACAUCAAGUAUGCCUACUUUAACUUCCUGAGGUCGCUGGAGAUCAAAGAUUCUCCAUUGGAGAACAAUGAUGAUGCUUUCGAAGGUGAGCUCGAGGAGAAGAACGAAUGAGCUCAUGGGUUUGUGAUCAUAUUGGCGUUCCGGACAAUGCCGCAUAGGCAGUAUUAGCAGUAUAUGGCUCGGUUUUUCGUUGCCAUUAUCUAACAGUUCUUCAAGUUUCUGAAGUAGUAAUCCAGAGCAUGGAUCUGGAUUACUGGCGGUGUAUGUUAUGCCAAAUUGCACAUCAGGAUUGAUCUGUUAGCAAAAGAACAUUUUGGAAGGUGUUAAACUUUAUCCAGAAAGGGCAGCAUGGGUUCUUCUUUCGUCCAAUGGCUUACAUUCUGCAGGUCUAGAAACGGCAUCUUGACUAAAUUAUGCAUGAGACAUUUGAGCAGGCAGAUGAAUCAGACGGAAGACAACACAAUGUCAGUUGAUGAACUAUUCUGACAGUGUUAGCUCUGGUGCUGGUAAUGUAAAGUUGCUACCAAUUCUGCAACCGAUACAUAUUUUUCUUCAGUUAAUUUCUUUGUAACAAAACUCUGUAAACUUCUCUUUUUACUAACAUAAGGUGUUGAAGUGAAAUGUACUUUCUUGAA